AUGGCUGAAAUCAUUAUUUCUGCCUUGCUCCGAGUUGUUUUUGAGAGGCUAGCUUCUGCAGUCUCGAAAAAGGUUGCUCCUCGCUCCAAGGAAAUUCAGUCCCAGCUCAAGAAAUUGGAGACCUCGUUACCUAAGAUCCAAGCUCUGCUCAACGAUGCUGCUGAAAAGGAAACACAAGAUCAAAGAGUUAAAGGUUGGCUUAAUCGUCUCCAACAUUUAGCUUAUGAUAUCGACGACGUACUAGAUGCUUUAGCAACUGAUCAUGAGCUCACUGAUCAGGAACCAGCAAGACACAAAACCAGCAAGGUAAAAAAGCUCAUCCCAACUUGUUGCAGUACCAGUGCUUUCUCAUCACCAUCAGAUACUGAGAUGCACCAGAAGCUAAUUGAUAUCACCACCAACUUACAACAACUCUAUGAUGAAAGAAAUGAUCUUGGUUUGAUUGUCAAAGAUAAAAGGUCAAAAAGUAUAAACAGAAUUUACCAGACCUCUUUAUUACCACCUGGUAUAAUCGGACGUCAAGGUGAAAAAGAUAUUCUGCUGGAGAAAUUGUUAGCAGAUCAUGAACCAGGUGAUCAGAACAACUUUAGCAUCGUGCCCAUCGUUGGUAUGGGUGGGAACGGCAAAACCACUCUUGCUAAACUUUUGUACAACGAACCGAAAGUCAAGCACCACUUUGAACUCAAGGCCUGGAUUUGUGUCUCAGAUGAGUUUGAUAGCUUCAAUAUCGGCAACCUUAUCUUUGAAUCUGUAGCCGAUGAAGAGAAGAAAGAGAAGGAAUUUAAAAAUCCAAACCUGCUUCAAGAAGCUCUUAGAAAUAAACUUGCAGGAAAACGGUUUCUGCUAGUUUUGGAUGAUGUCUGGAGCGAAAAGAUUGAAGAUUGGGAUACCUUAGUGCCUCCAUUUCAUUCAGUCGCCCCUGGAAGUAAGAUUAUCAUCACAACUCGAAAGAAACAGUUGGUUCAACAGUUAGGAAACGAUGAUCCAUACCAUCUGAAAAAGCUAUCACACGAAGAUGCACUGACUUUGUUUGCUCAGCAUUCACUGGGUUCAACUAAUUUUGAUUCAUAUCCAACACUUAGAUCAUAUGCUGAGGGCAUCGAGAAAAAAUGUGAUGGUUUGCCUUUGGCUCUAAAGUUACUUGGAACUUCAUUGAAGACAAGAAGAAAUGAAGAAGAUUGGAAGGAGUUGUUGAAUAGUAAGAUAUGGAGUUUAAAAGAUGAAGGCGGUAUUCUUCCUGCUCUUCGACUAAGCUACCAUGAGCUUUCCGCAUGUUUGAAGCAAAUGUUUGCAUACAGUUCCUUGUUCCCCAAAGAUUACGUUUUUGAGAAGGAUGACUUGAUUUUGUUGUGGAUGGCGGAGGGGUUUUUGCACAAAUCAACUCCCGGCGAGCCAAUGGAAAUGGAACGCUUAGGUGAGAAAUAUUUCGAUGAGUUGUUGUCAAAGUCAUUUUUUGAACAUGUAAAUGGUGAUAAAUCCUUGUUUGUGAUGCAUGACCUCAUGAAUGAUUUGGCAAAAUCUGUUGUUGCUGGAGAAUUUUUUCUUAGGUUAGACAUUGAAAUGAAGUAUAAAAUUGAAGAAGUUUGA